GGCACUAAUCACCCUCCAUACUUUUCAGGAAACAGCAACAUCCAGUGGAUGCACCGACUCCAGAGGCGUGGAUUCCCAGCACUGUCGCCUUCUUAGGGAUAAACAGGCUCUUUGCCUUUAACUCGACUGUACCCCACUGUGCAGAGAAAUGUAGUGCUAGCCUUCUGUUUUGUCGGCGCAUAAAAAAGAUGUGCCGUCUCGUUGUUUCUAAUAAUAGCCAAUCUUAUUUUUACCACACCGACGCCUUAUUGCAUUAUGGAUGCCUCUGGAAUGGUGUCCCUGCAAGAUAGCGUGGGAAUAUUCCAGUAGAGGCUGUGGCUUUGUAUCUCAGGGCUAAAUGCUCCAGCAUCUUGUCAGUCCGCCCGCCUUUCUUGCUGCAGGAGCAUCUCAUUUCUCGUUAGCUGUGGCUGUGUCAUGGCUGUAGUGUAGUGUGAGUCCCGGGGAUGCGUUUCUUUUAUCCGCUGCUGUAGACUUUUUUCUCUGCAUGCAUCCACAGGAGCGCUAUGCGGGAGUAUAAGGUGGUGGUGCUCGGCAGCGGCGGGGUGGGGAAGUCCGCCCUGACGGUCCAGUUUGUCACUGGGACAUUUAUAGAGAAGUACGACCCGACCAUUGAAGAUUUCUACAGAAAGGAGAUCGAGGUGGACUCCUCGCCUUCGGUGCUGGAGAUCCUGGACACAGCCGGGACCGAGCAGUUCGCCUCAAUGAGGGACCUUUACAUCAGGAACGGCCAGGGCUUCAUCCUGGUCUACAGUCUGGUCAACCAGCAAAGUUUUCAGGACAUCAAGCCCAUGAGGGAUCAGAUCAUCAGGGUGAAACGGUGAGUCAUGGUGCAUUUUAUUGUAUGAACCUCCAUUAUUGUCUAAAGAGGUUAAUAUUGAGUUUUUUUGGCCUCUUUGGGUAAGAUGGACACCAAAAGUUGAAUCCUUUGUCAAAGGGAAACUUCCCCCCACUGAUUUAUCGCAAAUUAAAUCAUAAAAUUAAGGCUAUUAAUCAAACAUGUGCUACACAGUUAUCUUUUGCCUGAUGCCUAAAAUCAGUAUUUCAAUUCACAAUAAGAUGUCAUAUCACUUAACCUCAAAAUCCACAAGGAAUGAAUUAGGACAUCACGUGUUAAGCUGUAAUUCCCACCCCUUACAUUCACGCUGCUGGGGUACCCCCUGGAACGUCCCUAGGGCCCCAUCAAUUUCUCAGAUCACACUUCAAAAACAUAAAAUGUGGUUGAUUUCAAAACUAGGCCCAAGAUUCCUCUGCUUCCUCCUCCUCCUCCUCCUCCUCCUCCUAGUCCUCUGUGACUUGAUUUCUCCCAACGCUUCAGUGAGAAGCCAUAAACCACCUCAUAUGUUCUUGUAAUUCAGUGGGAAUGUUGCCAUUAGUUGUGUUUUUGGCCUCUUUGGAUGAUACAGAGAUUAAAAAUUGAAUUUAUUUUGACAGGAUUUGCUCUCCCAACCAUUUUAUAGUACAGUUAAACUUGAAAUUAAACUUUUAUUCACCAUGAAUGGGGCUAAUUAUCCAUUAGAAGAUCUAUCCUGAGCUUUGUCUUUGAUACUCUAUUGUAGAAGCUACUGGGGUACCCCCUGGAACCUCCCUAAGGCCCCUAAUAUUCAUAUAUUACACCUAAAAAAAACACGAUUUAUUUCAAAAUAAGAACCAGGAUUUCUCUGCCUCCUCCUUCUCUGCGUCUCAAUCUGUUUGAGCGUUUCCGUGAGAAGCCACAAACCGGCUCAUAUGUUCUUCAUAAGAGGCCCCCAUCUGUGGCUCACUUUGUCGUAUAUCAACGGACUGACCUCUCGCUAUGUCUCACACACGACCGACUCCGGACAGCUUUGAUCGCUUCAGUCCAUUAUUCAACACAUCCACUGAGCUUGUCUCACGGCUGAAAGAAAAACUGAGAUCCUUUCUUCCAAAAGUUGACAUAUUGGUGUGUUUGGCUUUGAGCCUCACCUAGUUUGUUUGAUGACACUGAUAGAAUCCAGAUAUGACCACAGCCUGCGAGUUAGAAAUAAAGGCUUGAAUAGAUUAUGUUGAAACGUUUUGGUGCCACGUCAGAAACAAAAGCACAUGAGAUAUGAAUAAAAAAUGUAGCUCAAGGGUAUUUGGUUUAGAAAUCACACUUGAGGCUAAUAUGUUGGCGACAUAUGCUUUAGUUAUGUUUUGGUUUGGAAAUUUUAGUAGCCAAUGUGUUUAUAUCACCCAUAGAUUUGAUAUGUUACUCAUUGGCGUUGUGGUUGAGAGGGACACAAACCCAAAGACAAAGCUUUUGAUUCUCCAUGUUUUGGACAUCGAGAUGAUACAGUAAAGUUGUAACCAGUGCAUGUAGAGUCUUGUAGAUUUUAAAUGACAUUAACUAUGUAAAGUUUUAAACCUAAAUGGACAGUAAAAGAAAAAUGAGCUCCCUUUCAUAUGUCUUUAAUUCUUAAAGGUGCAGCCUGGAGAAAAGUGUAUGAUUUUAGCUGUGUUGCAAAAAUAUAAGAGGCAGGGGGAAGAUUGCUUACAUGAGUCUUUCCAAAGGUUAAAAGAACUGCCAAAAGCUAUAAAUUUCAGCGCUGGACGAAUUUUAUUGCAUCCAAAAUAAAAUUUGUAAAACUUACAGAAAGCACAUUAACUCUCAGGGCAGCCUAGAAAGUCUUAAAACUAAAAUUUAAGAGUUGUUCUGUUUGAUGACCAAGACUGGGCCAAAUCUUCGGUCAAAGUAAAAAUAGCCCACUCAUAAAAUUUAAAAAAACCUUAAGAUGCUACACUUCUAACUUUUAAAAAUGAAAGUACACAACCAAAUCAAUUUUGAAGCUUUCUGACUGUAAAGUAGCGCUAAAAGGGUGAAUGUGUAAACAUAAGGAAAGAAGGCAGUAGCACCUAUUUUUACUUCACAGUAUAUUGUGUAAUAACGAUCCAUAAUUCAACCUGUGUAACGUGGUGCAGAGCUUUCACCUCCAUCCCCGGAGUGAACUGAAUGCUCCCGUAGCUCAGACGAGGCGGGGACCAGCGCAUGAGGGAACUCCUUUGAAAGAAGAAAUAAAAGGAUGGGUAAAAAAGCGAGCUCGGCUGCCUCUAGACAGCCGCCACCCAACCAGCUGCCUCCACUGCAGCAGCCACAGCUGUCCUCAAGUGUAUGCCUAUGAAUAUUUCAUACUGUUAUUUUACACUGCCAUGGGUCUGAAGCAGGGAUUCUUACUGUAUGUCCGAAUCUGCAACUGAGUAAAACGCUCUUACACACGCUAAACCUGGUGAUAUAGUUUGAGGAGUUUUGAGGAUGCAUGAAGAUGUUUGGUGGAUAAUCAAGAUAAAAACUAUUGGGCAUGGACUUUCCUUUCUUGGUAAGUGAAAAGAGGCCAAAAAAGUCAUGCUUUAUGCUCCUCUAACAUGAAGAUUUCCUUUUUUUCUGUUGCAUAGACAUACAUUUUGCACUUUGAGGAAAUUUGGACCAAUUUCUGUUUGUAAGUAUGGAGAGUACAUCUUUAUCUCCUUCAUUGGCAAGAUGCAAAGCCAAAAAAUCACCUCUACAAGUGCUAGCAUGUAGCGCUGGUGCAGCCAAGACAUGCACAGACUCUUUUAAGGUCCUUACACACCAGGAACGACGCAAAUAUACAACGCGAAAUUACGAAAUUGAUGUGACUAUACGUAUCAAGCGCAAUGCAAUUUUGCGACUUUCCGGGGGGAAAAAAGAUGUGUCCCGGGUGGAAGCGAGAAGACUGACACAACAGCAGACUGAGUGUUUUUCAGUUCUGAUUAAACACUAGUGUCUGUCAGGGCCAGUACCAGUUAAGCACAUUAAACUAUAAUCCGUAAACGUAAGGUAACAACUGAGAUCUAAUGGUGCUGUGACAGCAACACAACUGAGUUUGAGACAGUGAAAAUACAUAUGGUAUGUUGUAUCUGAACAGUUAGCUUACGAGCUAAAGUUACUUAGCACAGAUGAAAGUUAAAACAAAGACAUUUAGCAAACUGUUAAAGCACACAAACCAUCGUCAUAUGACUCUCCACAAGUUGUCCUUCAGGUCAAUAUUGAUGUCUGAAAUAAUCGCACAAAAAAACUACUCCCAGCGUGAAAGAACCUUUACUUGUGUCAGGUCUUCUUUUAUAUAGGUCACCCAGCAGGGGGAGCUCUAAAACUUUUGGCAUCACUCGCAGUCGCGUUUGUUCUGUCCAUGAUUAUAUACAGCAUGAGGACAUGAGCAGCAAAUGUCUCCAGCAAACAAUAGACUAUGGUUGAGAAGUUGAUGAAGCUGUUGGAAAAUCAAGCUUCAAGUUUUUCCGGAUGGUCGUUUCAUUCCUGAUUUUGACCAUAUUUGGUUGAAUGGAGCAGGAGGUCAAUAAAUGCUGAGUUAUAAGUUAAUACCAAGCAGAACCCUUUGUUUAAAAAAGACUUCAUUUCUCUACCCCUGGAGUUAGUUUUCCUGCAUAUUACAAUAAACCAGAGUGAUUAUGCCUCUUUAAUCGCUCUUCAGAGGGCAGUUUAUCUCAGGACAGGCUUCGUUGAUCAUUCAAACACAUGGCGCCCUCCACUGGGUGUCAAAUUUUUACAUAAAACAAGCAGAAAACCCCUCUCCUGGUCUGCAUUAGCUGCCUCCAGGAGAUCAGCCUCCCUCCGCCCAAACUUCUCGCUGAGCCAGCAGCAGCAGCAGCAGCAGCACCACACUGAGAUAUAGUAUGUGCCCACUCACCAGAACUUAAUGGGAUUGUGUUGGGUUGGAAGCCAAGAAGACAUCAGGCCUCCAUUAGGGAGUCAUAUAAACCAGAAUGCUUAUGCAGGACUCUCUGUGGGGGAAUCAUGGGAAAUAAUCCUAUAUGUGGACAGCUCUGUGGGGUGCAGGUGCUGUGAAACCGUCGGCCUCUUGCUGCGAGAGUCCACAUAUCAGUUUCAUUGUGUUGACGUAUAUUUAUAAGCAGAGAGGGAGGCAGGAAAUACACUGAGAGCAGAGUAAUAGUCAGACUUUAUGGGAAAUACACUUAGAGUUCGAGGAGAAGAUUGAUACCACUCUCAUGCCUGAACUGUAAAUAUUUAAUUGAUGCUAGUCGCUACUUAGCUUAGAUUAGCUUUACACUUCAGAACAAAGACAAAAGCUAGCUUGUGUACUUGUCUGUUUGGUGCGCAAAAUCUGAAGUGGUUCAACGAAUAUUUCCACUUUUAAGUGUGAAAGAGGAAAGAAUCAGACUAAGGGCCUGAUCUACUAAAGGUUUGCGUGUGCAAAAACACAGAGGUGCAACGAGGAUUGCGUCUGUCAAAUGGGCAAAACAGCGCUCGCAAUCGAUUUAGGGUGUUUGCCUUCAUGAAUAUGCAGAAUGUACACAGAUCAUCAGAGCGCGCAAAAUUCUGGGAGAAGCAGAAGCAAAUGAAAUCAUUUAGCACCCGCAAUGGGAUUUAUCAAACCUGGAAACCGAUUGCGGUCGCCAUUUUCGGCUAUAUUUAGCACGUUUGAAAGCUACAUGCAAACUGGAGCACCAUUACGCAUGGUUAUUGUGGAGAGAAGGAGGCAGAAGUGCCAUGAUACACACCAUGAACCUUGUCAAAAAGCUUGUGAUUUGUUUUGUUCUUCCGGUAAAUGACGAUUUUCAUAAAUAAUAAGGUCGAACACGAAACAGACGAAAACAUGCAUCUGUUUGUCUUAUCGAUUUUAAAUAAUCCCUUUUUGAUUUCUAGUAUAUCUUCUUGUAUCUGUAAAGCACAUUGAAUUGCCUUGUGUAUGAAUGGUGCUGUACAAAUAAACUUGCCUUGCCUUUCAUGCAGUUCCCCAAAACGACAUGUACAACUCCAACACUCUGCUCUUACAAACUCUCCACGGUGACAGCUGAUAGCGCACGCAAAAUCCCUGUUUAAAGAGGGCAGUCCGCACCACUUUUGCUCCCGCCAUCAAUUCGGAAUUUAGCGCUCGCUAUUUUGGAUCUUAGUCGAUCAGGCCCUAAGUGUUUUAGGGUUUCUGUUUUUGGUGUCCACACAUGUCUUAAAAGUACAUUUUUUUAAACUACUAACUAGAAUAUUGUCAACAUUUGAGCACCAAAAACUGUGCAUGUAUUAUAGUUAUCCAAUCAAAGUUCAGGUUGUAGGGUGGCAUGCAAAAGUUGUCAAUAAAAUUGCAAGGAGGGCCCAUGCCACCCCUGCCCAUCCUUUAGACAAGCCCCUGUCGAUGAGAUCAGAUUUAACUUGCAUUUGUAAGCGUUUGUUGUUUCCAUAUGUUGCGUCAGAGCUGUAGUGCAGCCUCAUGCCACUAGCCACAAGCUGGAAGUGUAGCUCCAUCUACUACCUGGAUGUAAGCAAGCACAGCUGACACACUCUCACAGCAUGGAACAGUUUGGUAUAUUUUCAAAAAUGGAAAUAAUGUUGUAUAAAGGAUGCGUACGGUUUCAUGUCUCUUAGCCUCUUUGCAAAUAGCGACAGUCUGUGAGCCACCUCUGACCCAUCGAUCUAUAGUGGGCACUCAGAGAACUGCAAUUUUUAGCCCUUUUGCACCUGCUAAUAUUUGAUGGAAUUUUACAAAAAAGCAGCAUCUCAGAUCUGAAAAGUAAACCAAUAAUAGAUCAAGUGGGGUCAGUUUGUCCAUCAAUAGACCUGUCGGGGUCUGUUGAUGGAAAUAAGCCCAAAGCUACAGUCUGGCACAUCUGCCUACCCACAGUCAGUAAUGUGUGCUGUCCCCUAUAUCAAAGAAAUAAAUAAAAUAUACUUUUUUGUGCUUUGGACACUGAGCACCCAAAGGACCUGAAGUGAACUGCUCUAUUUUGGACAGAGAGUAGGAACUGUCAGCACAAAAAAAUGCUGCUAAUGGACACAGGCCCUAAGAGUGUAUCUCUGGCACAGACGCUGAUCUGUGUUCUGCUGUGAACUGGGGCAGCAGGACAUUUUUUGGCCUCAUAAAAAUGCACCUAAAACAGCCAAUUUCCGUUGAUUUCUACAUUUUAUUUGUGUGAGAUGUUUUUGGUUCAGGAGUUUUAGUUUGUUUGUACAGUGACUUGGCACAAGCGCUGAUCCCAGCCCCUCUUGAAAAACUAUGAACUAUUCCUUUAAUUUGUUUGUCCCAGCAGAGAGGCUAUUUAAGGCUAUCAGUACCAGACGCUUUGCCAUGAUGCAGUUUUGUGCUUUUCGUUCCAUAUGUGCAUAAUUGAUGCAUGUUUAAGCUCGAACACGCUGUCUCUGACAUACUUUCCCCUCAGCAGACCCUCUGUGGACUGAGGCACUCUCACACGAACAAAAUUAAGCUUGUGUUGUCGCUAUCUUUCAAAACAACAUCUGGGUGUAACCCUCUUCACAAUCUAAUAAUCUCCUGGCCGGCAUGUGAAGCUUUGUGGUUCUGUUUGCCCGAGAGGAGGAAGACGGUUCAAAGCGGUGUGGAGCUGUGUUUUCACGCUGCACUGAUGCUGUGUCUAAUAGCAGGAGGUGAGCAUCACGCGCUGCUGAGUGGGAAUAGACUGCAGAGACCAAAACUACGAAUCCCAGAGGGCACUUUGGUGCAGGCAACUUCCUGACCUCAGGCUUUUAGUGUUCGCCAUCAGGGAGGAGAGAUUCGUUAAAGCGGGCAGCUCGGUUUAAAAUGUGAGUUAAGAAGAGACGGGAAAGUACUCAUUGUUGUCGUCAGUGCUGCACUCUGCUUUUAUGAGUGUUUUCACUCUUUUAUUGUUUGUCAUGAUCAGAAAUGUGUUGCAGCUUUCUUGCUACUUUUAAAUACUUAAAACAAAUCUUUGUACUGAUUUAGUUUAAUAUCUAACAUGUCUAUGAUUGUGACACAGAUGAGCAAAGAUUAGUAAAAACUGAGCAGAAGUUGAGCUUGACAAUAAUGCUGCUUUGUUGUCGUUUGCCAGACUGAAUAUUUUUCCUUUUUGUUGUAGCUAAUGAUCAGAAAACAAACAUUUAUGGUGGCUCUCAGUUAUAAGGGCAUGUUGUAAAAGUGCCAAUAUCUGCAGCUAUUGUCCAAACUCUAAAAAACAAACCCUCAUCAUGUUUUUCAGUUUGUUUUUCCAGAUUUCAAUUUAUGAAAUUUACAGAUGGUUUGAUGGAGAGGUUGCUUUUAAAGCUACUAUCAAGCAACAUUUACCCCAUAAUUUGAUGAAUGAGUUCCUGCUCUCUUUGCAUGAGUAGAAAAUUGAAUGAGUUUUAUAGCUUUUAUGUUGCCACAGGGGCGUGUCUGGGCUUUUUAGACUUGGGUGGUCCAGCAAAGGCACUGACAUGUGCGGGGCAUACUUGUCAAGUUUUGGUUUGGAAAAUAAGCGGAAAUUCCCAACAAGGUCUUGAACACAAAAAUGAGACUUGACUUACCGAUAUUGCCAAAGCAAAAAUAUGCAAAUUUUAUAUAAUUUUUUUCACAAAAUAUGCAAUUCAGGUCUCCUUUUUGGCUUUUAUUGCUUAACAAUUAGCCAUUUCCUGGACUUGUUGUGUGAGUUUGGCUUUAAUUGUUGUAUUCUGUCAAAUGCAAAAGGAUAAACAACAGUAUAGUAUCAUUAUUAUACAUCGAUCAUCAGCCAGCCCGCUCCUCAUUAUCAUUAUUGGCUGUUGAAAAGCUGUAAUCCGUUGACCACCAUAUGGGGAUAUCACAUCUGUUCGAUACUUUAAUAUAAGUAGAUUUGAUGAUUAGCGACAGAAAGAGCAAAUAAAUGCUUUUCAGGUAUGUUUUGUGCACAAUAUUCUUAAAGUCACCCCCAAGUAAGCCAAUUCUGGGGUUGGGCCACCCCAGCCGAAAAAGUCUGGACAAGGCCCUGCUCUGGAGAAGUUUUUUGCGCCUCACAGAAGUGCAGAUACUCCGGCUGUUAAAAACCAACUAAACCUUCUUUCUUUAUCGGUCUUUCUUGGGAAUAUCGAUAUAAACAAUUUUUUUUUUCCAACUGGAAAGUCUACACCCCGUACCUCACCCUGACACUCAUUAAAACACUCUCUAAAAAAAUAAACAAACAGAUGAAUAAAGUUAAACGUCUCACUUCAUUCCUGUUUAUUUACUGCACAGAACAACAGGAGUCAUAAAAACUAAUGAGGACUCGCCUUGUCGCUCCCAUACUGCCUAUACUGUCUUUGCAUCUGCAUUAAAAAGAAAAAAAAAGAUAUUAUCAAAGCGCUGCCUCAGACAUUAGAGAUGGAAAUGAAGCUCGGGGUUUGAACAUAAAAAGCACUCCAAAGACUCGUCUCCAUCUGCCGUGCAGGCCUCCACUUUGUCUGUCUGUCUGUUUAUCACAAACAUUCACAGGAAUGUUUGCGGUGAUGUUGUUUUGUAUCUUCGUGCUCCCAGAAACAUUAGCGUUAGCUUUGUUCUCCUGCAGAAUCAGCCGUCGGGGGUUCAAACCUGUCUGCGCUGUAUGAUCUGUGAUCUUUACGUCCACUCCUUUCAGCAGAUACAUGAGUUAGCCCGGCUGUCUGACACGUUAGCCGCUCAAAAGUGCUAAUUAAGAGCAGAUGCAUGGAGCAAAGAGGUGGCUGCACAGCUGGAGAUGCAUGACUGUUCCUUUUGUAUAUAGCAUGUGUUUGUUGGUGCUGUGGGGCUCGUGAACAUGCCGGAGUGAGAUCACUGCAGCUAUUUAGCACAGCAGGUAGCUUUAAUAAGGCUGCUGUACCUGGAGGCAAAGUGGAAAAUGUGGAGCCCACUUUUUUUUUUCUUCUUCUUCUUCUUUCUGUGUGAGUUAUAAACCCUGAUUGUUGUUGUUAUUGUUGUGUGGGAGGGUUUGUGUUCUCCAACAGUUGGAAUAACACCCCGCAGAGGCAGAUGGCAGCUGUGUGGACUGAAAGGUCAAAUGUGUAUCAGCAAAAGUUACUCAAGAUCCAUUAAUGAGGAUGCGGCGUUUCGACAAAUGGAUGUAUUGAUGAUGGCUUUUAAAAGUGGAGCUCAGCACUCGGACUCGUCUUUCCCAGAGGACCUGAUUUUAGGAAUCAGUUCAGACCUUCACGUUAUCAGCGUAUCAUUUCGUAAGCUGUCCACCACCAGCUGUUUUCUGCUCCAUAAAUCCGACGCCACUUCUCUCUCACCAACUUUCCAGCACACAAAAAAAGCUGCAUAUUCAUACAGCUGGUAGUGUCAGCCAAGCAAUCCAAACACUUUCCAACUGAGCUGAUAAUUCCCAUAAUGCACCGUGCCAGCGCUCAUGCUGGACGAGGAACAAGAUAGCAGUGUUUGUGGAUUUCUGCUGCUUUAAAUUCAGACAGUAUGUGGAGUAAAAACACUCGUCGCAGAAGAUAAACAAUGGCAACCUCCGAAUAAAAGCUGCUAUGAUCACGAGGAAAGGCUUUCUUAGAAUAGUGGGAAUAACAGCUUUACAAGCAGCAGCACUGCAGUGAAUUAUACUGUAUAAUAAAGGUCCACCAUUUAUAUUUUAAAUGUUAAAAGAUUAUUAUCACUGUGAAGUUAGAGCAGCAACUUCAGGGAAGUCAACCGAGCUGAAAAGGAGGCUGUAUUAUUCAAAGAACCUUGUUGAAAGUAAAAAGAACUUGAACCCAGUAAGAUGCCAUGAGGUGGAACAAAUCCACCACAGACAUAAAUUAAAUAAAAACAUUACAGAAAGGUCAAGCAGAGAUUCAGCUUCUAGUCUUCAGGAAAACUGCAGCAUCACACCCACUAAGGCUUUAAGAUAUAGGGCUCUAUUUUCGUUCCUUGGCGGCGGCAUGGCGUAGGCUCGGCGUAAGUCAGGUCCGCCGCGCAGACAAGGCGUGCCCAAGCACAUUUUAGUGUUUUUGUGAGUGGCGCAGCCCGGCAUAAGUAUCCCCCCUCCCUAACUCAGCUCCUCCAAGCGGCAUAAGUCGUAGAGAGGGCGUGGAGUGGGAUUCUGUCAAGAUCUCCCCCUACCGCGCCACCACGCCCAGCUUGGCGGACCUUGGUGCGCCUCAGUCCACAAAAAUACCAAACUGGCUGUGCACCAGGCUCCGCCAGAUGAAAAUACCACUGCCCGGGGUCCACCACCCUCUGCUGCGCUGUCGGCGGGCACGAAAAUAGAGCCCAUAUUGUUUAAACUUUACGACUGCAAAAUAGUCACAUUCAAGGAUGGUGCAUGCCAGUCAGAUGACCUAAAUCACGUCAUACUGUCACUAUUUCUUGAUUGUAAACAAUCAUUAUUAAUCAGCCGGUCAGCCAUGUUGGAUAUACCGGUUAAUCUGACAUCACAACAACACAAAAUCUGAUUGGUCAGAAGUGGACACACAGUGUGCGAAACUUUGGAAAAAUCGACCGUGAUCCAAAAAAAUAAAUGCAGCAAUAUCACAAGAGGGGAAAACAUCGCUGAUGUGAACACUUGUAUUGACAGGAUACGGGUUCGAAAAAAAAUAUUGAUGUCUGACAUAAUCGCACAACAAAAACGGUCCCGGUGUGAAAGGACCUUAAUGCUGUAAAUCCAAAAUAAGAGCUAAAAAACACUAAAAUUCAAUCACUCAGGUGAUCAUUUUUACUGCUGCAUUAGCCAUUUGUUGAAUUUUUGAUAUAUAGAACUUGAGCCUUCAAAAUAAAAGCCCCAGGUGACUAAAACUGAUACAUAUUCCGGUGAUUAACCCAAAUCUUUGACUGGCAAAUCCUUCAGUACAUGUUAUGAAGCCACGGGACGGCUUGAGUUCCCGCUGUGUCGUUCAGUUUCAGUUUCUCCUCAUUUGGCGAAGAAGAGGGGGUCUGUAGUUUGAUCUGAUCUCACAAACUCCCCACCCAUCAUCACACCCCAGCCUGGAGAAGCUCGCUCUCCCCCUGUCUUUGUAGUUAUAUAUAGAGUUUCUCCUGCAAGCCUGUCAGAUUGUGUUUGUCUGCAUGGUGCUCUCCUUGUUCACACUUCACACCCUCCAGACUCUCCAAACACACACAGGCCAAUGCAAGAUGCUUGUCCUGCUGAGGUCAGCUGCUGUGAGUGUGUAUUUGUGUGUGUGUGUUGAGCAGUGCGGGGUUUGUUGGGGGGAAAUGUCAAGCUGUGGGGGAAGUCUUUGGCAUUUCAAGUGAGUUUCCUCCUCUUGGCAGCAAAUUUCCCAUCAAAUCAGGGGGAAAUUGCAGGAAUUACUCAUGUUUUAUCUCAUAUUUUGCGAUCGAGGGAGCAUUUUUUUCUCUCCUGUCAACUCCUGAAACUUUAAAAAUCUCUUCAGCAGGUCUGACAGGUGUUCAAGAGUCCUCCACCUGCAUUCAUUUCCUCAAACACUCCCCUGCCCUCUUGCGCUCACUAAAACGUCGGCCAGCUCUUUUCCACGCCUCAGCUCUUCUCCCAGCAUGAGCAGCGCUGCAGCAGGCCACCAAUUUGUAGAUAAGAGCCCAUUUCUCAAUAGCACCAGCAGAUCAAUAAGCCGAGCUCGGGAUGCACUUAGGGAUGACUGAUGGUGGAGGCCAUUACACAGUCUGUGCCAUUACCUGUUGUGAGAAUACAUACGCUCUGUAAUUGACAUUGUGUAGUGAUUUAAUCAGAGAAAACAUGAAGGGCUUCUUACUGAGAAAUGAAAUAUGUGAUACCUGAACGAAAUCUUCGGAGACAUCUGCAUCAUCAAGCGGAGUAUCAAUGCUUAUAGUGGUUUUAAACCACUGACCAUAUGAAAAAUUAAAGUGGCUCAAGUAAAAAAGGAAACACAAAAACGUCUCAAUCGUCGCAGUCCUCCUGAUGGCCAACAGGAGGCGGUUGUAACGAGAAGAAAUUGAGCCUUCUCCAUGAUUGAAUCAAGUAUAAUGAUAUUUCAGGCACUCUGCUGCUCUACCUGCCUUCAGGCUUUUCAUAAAUACAUGAUGUAGAGAAGAGAGGUGUGCUCUCCCCGCCUCAGACUUUGAUACCGGAACUCAGACCAGAUCCAAACCCCUCUAAGAAUUGAGCCAUUCUGCCAAAUAUAAAUUAUUGUUUUGACUGAAUUACUUUGUUAAAACUAUUUCAAAGAUGAUGGAGUGAGAGGAACUUUUAAUUUCAGACAUUAACAGAAGUUGCUUUAACAAACAAUUAAAUGUGUAUUUGUUUACAUACAGAGUACCAUGAAUGAAAUUAAGUUCAGCUCUUCUCUCUGAUGGAUUAAGUUUUCUUGUUAUCCCUAAGAUAAGUUCUGUGUUUCUUUGUUGUCUCUUCACUUUCUUUCUUUAUCUUAGAAUGAGUGUUAUGUAAGUGUAAUGUCUGUAAGUCUGUUUAAAAUAGAAAAGAAGAGUAGUUACUGCAUAUCUUGUUGUAACUAAUGGUGGAUCCAAAAUAAAUCAAAUCGAAUCAGCGUUUGUCAGAGGUUGGCCGUGCCAAAAUAACUUUAAAAUGGUCUUUUAUUCAGUGAAGCAGCACUUACAGACAUUUCAGUGAGUCAGCAGUUCAUUUUUUAUUGGGUAAAAUCAAUUAAAAGCAUUUUUUUCUGCAGCCAAAGUUGAUAUCCCCACAAUUACUACAGGAUCCCAGUGAGUGUAUUUUUGUUGAAAUAAAAGAACAUGUUUGUCUAACAUUAUAAAGUAAUUUUAAACUCAUUUAAAAGUUUUUACUUACUAAAUUUUAACAGGUCAAAACUUUUCAAUCAACAUGUGUCCUUGUUGGUAAAAUGUUGAUGUUGAGACCAGACUUCAAAGUGAAAUCUGGGACCAUCAGAGGAGCACAUGAAUGCAGCGUUAGGACCAGAUUUAGCCACUAGCUUAUUUCCACGAGGAGUCAUGUGAAGCACAUCUGCAGUAAAGGCCAGUACCUCCAUCACAUGUUCCUCAAAGUGGAUUUACCUUCAUCAACAGAGGGUCCUUAAUGACCUGGCCCUCUGAAUUAGAGAUGUUUGCUCUUCUCCUUAAACAUUUGAAUUUACACAUUCAAAAAUAAAAAAAAUCAGAAAGAUGUCUAAUACUAAAAAAGUUACAGGUAUGGAACAGGACUGGGUAUAAAAAGAGCAUUCAGAAGGAAAGCCUUCGUGAGCCUAAGAUAUCAAAGAAACGUUCAUUAUGGGUAAAACUGCAAAGAAUAUGUGGGUUUUAUCAUGAUCUUAAUGCUCUCAAGUGGCCCUUUAAUAAAUAACAACACGACUUUGUAGGAGGAGUCACCAUAUUUGCUAAAAAAUUACAUCUAAAACCACCAUCUGUGAACACAAAUUGCCAAAUGUAAAGCUUCUGUGUGUAACUUUGAGUUUGUCUUAAUUCUUGCACCCCCUUGUGGACAAACUGGUUCCUCUUUGUCUUCUGACUUUGUCCUCAACAUUCCCACUGAGCAUUUUUUGGUCUAAAAGAGGUCUAAAAGACGUCUAAAUGUAGCCUAGACGACUGGUCUAAAAUCAGGCUACCACAGGUCUAAAAAUGAAAGGUUUUUUAGUGGAGCAGACAAAAUGCAUAAUAUAGCCCGAAUCGUUCACUUUGUUAUACAAGCAUGAAAUUUGGUACAUAUACUCUUCAAACCCCACUCUUUAAAAAAAAUAACGUUAGCCACGCAAAAUUCCAAGAUGGCGGCCCUAAAAUCCGGCUGUCCGCUUCCUCGUGAGAGCAUUUAUCCAGUCCAAGUACAAGUAUCUAUAUGCUGUAUCUCAAGAAGUGUAAUGGAUACAGAGAUGUACUAGGUACCAAAAUGUCCGCAAUACCCAACUUUAUAUUCAACUUCAAUAUAUGUAUGGCGCUUAAAAUCAAGGCAUUUUGAGUUAUAAAGGAAAAAACACAUUUUUGGGCGGACAUCUUGAAGUGAAAGAUUAUUUCCUUAUCUGCUCAGCUAUUUUUAGACAUUUAAAUUUAGACCAAGUCUGUUUAGUCUAUAUUGCUCAACGGCUAUCAUUAUUUUGGUUAAGUACUUGGAGAUCAGUUGUGCAACUCACAGUUGCUUUUUGAAACAAAUAGUUAUUGAAUAAUGGGUUAAAGUGCAACGUCUAAAUUCCGUCUAAAAAUAUACAGAAUGUAGACGGUUGAAAUUAAGUCUUAAAAAGAACUAGACGUCUAAUAGCCGUCUAUCGCUGUGGGUUUGUAAGUCCAGUUUUUAAUGUCCCGUUGUUUGAAUAGGCCUUUAUUUCAGAUUUCAUAUAUUGUCUUCAUUACAAUUCAUUAUAGAUUGUAAAUGAACAAAAUCUGUUUAUGUCUUCUUGUAUUGAUGUUGUGUCUAAAUACUGGCUCUAAAUAAAGGGGCAUACAGGAGCUGUAGCUACAUAUAUUAAGUAGAAAAUAGUUGUUUCUGAGGCUGGUGCUCAUGUCCCCCCAUGUGAGAGCAGCACAUUAGCUUUAUUCAAUUAUGCAAUAACCUAUACCAUUACUCUCCCCAGCCUGGUUUCCAAGUAUUGAUGGCUCAGAGGGAGCAGGACUGGAGGAUCAUGAGCCGAACGCUGAAGGAGAAAGCUUUUCAGCUGUUGAGACGUGAUAGACACAAAGCAGAGUGGAGAGAUAAUGAUUUUAUACAAAAACCUGACGCUGUGUUAUAUAAACACACACAUACAUAUAUAUAUAUAAUGCAUUCAGGGAUAAAUAGAGCAUCACAGCGUGGAAAAGGAGGGUUUUCUAAACAGACCGCCUACUGGUAUCAGACACCCGGCUGAGCAUCCCUCCCUCCUCUUUGGUCCCAUUGUGCAUUGCUCAAAACUCUUAUUGUUUUAGCAGCUAAUAGAUACAGUAUGUAGGCCAUCAACGCACGCACACACAUGCUGUUGCUGAAUUAAUUUCCCUCCCUUAGGAAGUUCCUGGAGUAUCAAACAAACACACAACAGGGGGAAGAGGAGGGCAGCAGAAUCGGCUGCAACCCUCUGACAUUUCUUCCUCUUUUGUUUCCAGGUACCAGCAGGUGCCCGUGGUGCUGGUGGGGAACAAGGUGGACCUGGAGGACGAGCGGGAAGUGUCCCCGAGCGAGGGCCAAGCUCUGGCUGAGGACUGGGGCUGCCCUUUUAUGGAGACAUCUGCUAAAAGCAAGACGAUGGUGGACGAGCUGUUCGCUGAGAUCGUGCGGCAGAUGGACUUCUGCCCCCUGCCGGACCGGAGGGAGGCGUGCUGCCCCGCCUGCAGCGUGCAGUAGCAGCCGGUGCGUUUUUCUGGAAAGAGUGGGAGGAGAUCAAAUCCUAGUUAGAUAGAUUAAACAUGUUAAAGGAAAAAUCCACUCUUUUUUGAGACAGUUUGGACCUGCUUUCCGACGAGGAAGCUUGGGGGAAAAAAAAGCAACACUCAGCCUCCCAGUGUCAUCACCAAGUCUUUGACUGACAGGAGCAAAUUGUCGAGGUUUCCCAAAGGCAGCACGGUGCCAAACCCAUCUUUAAAAGCCAUCAACAAGGAGGAUCAUAGUGCAGAGUGCAUUUGGGAAACCAGCCAUAGAUCCGAGCAGGGAUGGCAGAACAGUUUCUCAGUCCUUGUUUUAGGUCUUCUGUUCUUCAUUUUGCACUUUUAGGACUUUAAAACAGUGCAAGACCAAUCACGUAGUCUCAGAACGGAUGUCAGGUAACACCACUGUGAAGAAGUCAGAGCAAGAGUUAAUGUCGCAGCAGGCCCGCCUAACUACGAAUGAAUGAAAAAGAUGUACGAAUGUCUCAAAAAGGAAACUGCACCUUUGGGGAAAUUCAUCCAGAAAAUCCCAAAUGUUGACAAACUGUGGACGCAGCGUGCAUGAAGUCAAACCGUCACCUGGAGUACAAUCAACCUCACCCAAAGAGACAGACUCAACCAACCAACCAACCAACCAAUCAGCCGAUCAAUCAGUCAUUAAGAAACGUGCAGACACUCGUCUUUACACUUUACAGAUGAUCAAAUGCCUUGUUACAUUGUAUGACGUGAACAUCAGUGUCAGUGUGUAGUUCAUUUAUCUUAAAUCACAGCAGAUAUGUUAGUGGUGCAACGUCAGAAUCACUUAUUUUCAACAAAAAUAAACCUUUAUGCACAAACGUG